UCUCAGGCCCCGAAUAUAGAAAAAAGAUUGAAAAAAAAUCGGAAAAAACAAUCAAACAACCAAUCGAGAGGAGAAAAGAGCGUGGAGCGGUGGCGUGGGCUCUCCCACGGCGGGUUUCUGGUCCGGUCCGGAAUGGAAGGUUACCGGGGCUCCAUGUGAAAUUGACUAAUGCGGUGCUGGAAACUUUUUGAACAGUAAAAAUGCAAAGCAGUGUUUCCCACUCACCGCCAACCAUAGCUGUUGGGACUGGGUGAGGAGGAGAGAACAAGAGAGUGAAGGAGAGGAGCGACUGAAGCAGAGAGUGAGAGAAGGAAAGUGCAGAGGCAGAAGAAGAACCAAUAGGAUUUCAACAGAUUUUCCACUGGAUCAUUGGCCCUUCCUGUGAGCUUCAUUUUCUAUAAUACCCCCACAACUUCCACGGUGAGCCUGCAAGGCAGGAGAGCCACGAGUGAAUUUUCAUGGCAGCGGCACUUUAGGGCUGCCAUGGCAGCUGCUGCCGCCGAUGCCUCACACCGUAUUACCGCACUGACGCCGGAGGAAGAGGGACGACGGACUGCCGCCAAGCUGUUUGGUAGCGCCGCCCCACUGCCACGGACAGAGAGAGAGAGAGAGCAAGAGAGGGGGAAAGAGAAAGAGAGGGAGAGGGAAGAAGAAGAGGUUGGGAGAGCAGGUGGGAACGAGUGUUUGGUGUGCGGGGACCUGUUCACCUCACCGGAGAAACUCCGGCUCCACGGCUUGAGCCACACAGGAGAGAAACCCUUCCACUGCUCGCAGCCACACUGUCCCAAGGCCUUCAGCUCUAAAUACAAACUUUUCAGGCAUAUGGCCACACACUCUCCACAGAAGACCCAUCAGUGCUCGUUCUGUGAGAAAAUGUUUCACCGAAAAGACCACCUGAAGAACCACCUGCAGACCCAUGACCCCAACAAGGAGGCCUUCAAGUGUGAGGAGUGUGGGAAGCACUACAACACGAAGCUGGGAUAUAAGCGGCAUGUGGCCAUGCACUCUGCCACGGCAGGGGAUCUCACCUGUAAAGUGUGCAUGCAGACCUAUGAGAGCACGCCUGUGCUCCUGGAGCACCUCAAGAGCCACUCCGGGAAGUCUUCAGGUGGCACCAAGGAGAAAAAGCACCCGUGUGACCACUGUGACCGUCGUUUCUACACACGGAAGGAUGUGAGACGGCACAUGGUGGUCCACACGGGCCGAAAGGACUUCCUGUGCCAGUACUGUGCCCAACGCUUUGGCAGAAAGGACCAUCUGACUCGCCACGUGAAGAAGAGCCACUCACAGGAGCUGCUGAAAAUCAAGACGGAGCCUCUGGAUAUGUUAGGGCUUUUAGCUUCUGGGUCACCACCUUGCUCCGUGAAGGAGGAGCUCAGCCCCAUGAUGUGUGGCAUGGGUCCCAACAAAGACCCCAUGAUGGGCAAGCCGUUCCCCAGUGGAGCCCCUUUUCAGAUGGGCAUGUACAACCCCCACCAUCUCCAGGCCAUGUCUAAUUCUGGGGUGGGUCACCCACACCCGUCCCUGAUGCCCGGUCCCUUGUCUGCAGCUAUGGGCAUGGGUUGUCACAUGGAAUCCCCUGGAUCUCUUCAUCCACACUCCCAUCACCACCACCAUCAUCACCACCAUCACCACCACCACCAUUCCCCUCCGCUGCCCCCACACCACCAACCUCCGGCUCCCCAGCAGCAGCACCAGCCCCAGCCAGCCCCCAAAUACCAGCUGGGAUCUACCUCAUACCUGCUGGACAAGCCCUUGAAAGUGGAGAUGGAGAGCUUCCUCAUGGAUCUGCAGAGUGGCUCGCCAGGCCCGGUUCCCUCUGCAGAGCCCCACGUUGCUGCCUCGCCCCCUAAGGAUGGACUGGAGUCCACCUCGGGUCUGGAGGAGGAGCUUUGUGGGGAUCCCCUCCUGUCCAAGAGCCCUGCGGUGAUCGCUGAGUCUCUGUGUGCUGCUAACAUGGACUUCUCCCACCUGCUGGGGUUUCUGCCCCUCAACCUGCCUCCCUACAGCACUCCCAUGAGUACGGGAGGGCUAGUAAUGGGCUACACCUCAUCUGCAACCUCCUCCUCUUCUUCCAUCUCCUCUUCCUCAUCUCUGCACGCUGCCGAGCCCCAUGCUGCAGCAGUCGCCGCGGCAGCAGCUGCCGUCGCCACAGCACCUCUUACCUCUUUGCAACCGCAACCUCAGGAGCAGCAGACCUCCAGUGGGGGUCUGGGCCUCGGACCUCUGCACCCCCUCCCAUCAGUGUUCAGCUCCAGCCUUAGUACCACCACACUGCCUCGCUUCCACCAGGCCUUCCAGUGAGAGAGCCAGCCCUCGGUCCAGCCCUGCCCAGCCAAGAUGGCCUCCACACCAUCCUCAGCUCAGUUCAGCUCAGCAUGGAUAUUUCUGGCUGUGGUUCUUCACAGGGCGUGAUCAAAAUGUUGGAGAAUUAGAAUAAAUAAAUAAAUACGCAAAUGAACACUUAGAAGCCUUAAAUGAAAGCGCACAAAAGCUUUUGAUUGAGCCUUAAAAGGAAGUUAGACCCCUUUGAGCAAAAAGGAAAAGGUGAGAAAAGAAGUUGAAGCGGCUUUUUAUUUGGGCCUUUUUCGCCUAUCCUAUAGUUAUAACAAUGUAUUAACCCAUCUUCUUUUUAUUUCCAGUUACUUCCCCUUUUAUCCCCCUUCCAUCCCCUAUUUAGUAGUAUAGAGGGCAGGAUCAGUAGGCUAAAAGGCGUGGUACUGCAUACUUUCUAAAGUAAUAAUAUUAAAAAAAAUCAAAGAUUAUUUUUUAGUGAAGAUUAUCUGUCUUGUUGUGACCCAGAAAAAAUAUAGUUUGAAGUGGAUAUUUUGUUUUACUUUUAUUUUUCUUUUCCAAAUGUAAGAACAUGGUAGAAUGUGUCUCAUCUUGAGUUUUGAACCACCUAAUAACCUAAACUGUCAUGAUCAGUAUGAAAAGGAGAGAGAUCAGUGAAGGAAAGAAGACAUGUAGACGUAGACGUUGAGUCAGUGAUUGAACCUGAACUUCCACUAGACGGCUAGGCGAGAGCCACAAAAGCAACCCUGUCUCUAAAAAAAAGUGCUCUUCGAACAAGAAGAAGAAUUAGCUAAAUGUCCCUAUGAACUUUAACUGAUGUGCUCCGAGAGUCAGGUCAGUUUGAAUGAGAGCGCUCACUAAAUUAAAAGUGUUAGCUGCCAAACACAAAGACCCACAUGGCCACACAUUUUGGAAGAAAAGAAAAAAGAAAG